UUCUUUUUGUUAAUUUGAUAAUUGUGAUUAAUAUCUUACAUCAACUCCUCCCCCAUUCUUAUUUACAUUAGGACAAAAAAGUCGACAAGUGAGUCGAUUAGAUUAAUAACAAAAAGCGAUCGUUCGGAGGUCACUUUUCACUUGGAGCAAAAACUAUUGACUUGAUCAGUUGAUUUCGUUAAUUGUUUCAAAUUGUUGUCACUUUUACUUUUUAAUUUAGUCAAAGAAAACGAGUUAUGAUCUGUACCAAGUGAUUAGAUCAAAACAGUAACAAUCAUCUUAAUCGUAAUCAACCAUUGUGUCAACUAAUGUCACCUUGUCAAUUGUAAAUUGUAACCAACAAAAACCAUCACCGUAACAAUUUAAAUUGUCUCGUUAAAAUUAUCGUUAAUCAUCAACCUUUGUUAAUCAAUAAUCAUGUUGUCAAUAAUUGUGAUCAUUUUAAUUUCAUCAUGGCAAAUUACUCCAAUUGAGAAUACCGUUUGGACCUCAUUGAACAAUCGAGGAGUUGAACCUCGAAUUUUGAAAACAAUUAAAGAUAAUCAUCGAAUCGAACCAGUUAUGACCUCAUCAAGCCAAUUAAUUAAUGAUUACUCAUUAAUUGUUGAUUCAAAGGGAGAAAAUAAAUUACCUAAAGUUGUUUACAAUGAUCCAAAUGAUUUACUUGUAGUUGGUUCAUCAUCAACUAAUCAUUUGAUUAAAGAUGAUGCUGAUAUUGGAUUUGACCAUGAAGACGAUGAUUCCAAUGGACCAGUAAUUGAAUCAGUGAACAAUUCAAAUUAUCCCAAAUCAGCAAAUUUAAUUAAUGGUAACAAUCAAGACGAUGUAUCCAAAGACGCUGUUGGCAAUAAGAUCAAAGAUAUCGACCAAGGUCCAGUUACAGUUAUUCCAUCACCGCCUACGGUGUCACCCCUUUGGCUGAAUAACAAUAACAAUAAUUACAACAAUCAACGAGAUAACAACAAUUACGAUCACACUAAUCACACCAAUGAAGCAAUUAAAUUUGAUGAUGUAACUCCACUUCCACCGGUGCCAAUUGCAUCGGCUACAACUCGAUCACCAAGACGGAUAAUUAGAGCUCGAAAACAACCUGACCAACAACAACAACAACAAUCAAGAGGUAAAUCACCAGCCUCGAAUAUUGGAAAUAGAAGAAAUAAAGGUAACAAUUUGAAUCGUUUUGAUUCAUUUUCCAACCGAAAUAAUAAUAAUAAUAAUGAAGAGAAAAGUUUAUCCGGUGAAAAUAAUUCAUUUGAAUCAAUUAAUCGUGGUGGUGAUACUAAUUCAAUUUCUGGUGGUAAUCGGCCAAUUAAUCAACUUAAACCAGUCAUUAAAUCAUACACAGAUUAUCAUGUUAAUUCAUAUGAGGAUUUUAAUCCUUACGGUCAACCAGGUAUCGACUUUCCCGCUUUCUCAUCACCUCCAUUGACCAACUUUAGAUGUUCAUCUCAACGAUAUCCAGGUUAUUAUGCUGACCCAGAAGCUUAUUGUCAGGCCUUUUAUAUCUGUCAACCCGAUGGUCGGGAAGAUGCCUUCCUAUGUCCAAACGGAACACUUUUCAAUCAAAAGUACUUCAUCUGCGAUUGGUAUUAUAACGUUGAUUGCAGUUCGUCACGAAACUUUUACUCACUUAAUUCACUUCUUUACAUUCAACCGGGUGUUAACAACGCUGUUAACAAUCAACGGAAAAAAUCAGCCCGAUUAUCUUCAUUAUCCCCUGAAGGUCCACCAUCAGCCCCUUACUCUCGACCUGGAUCGUCAGUUGAUUAUAUUGAACGUGACAAUGAUGCCAAUUAUGAUCUUCAUGAUAAUUAUAACAAAAUUCAUGGGGAAUUUGAUUCAUCCUAUGAAAUCAGACCUCGAACCGAUAAUAAUCCUGAUUCCGGUGAAAAUGAGAAUGACUUUGUUUACCCUUUAAAAGCAAAUGAACCAGAUUCAGAUGGAAAAUUAUCAAAUUAUAUUGAUAGAAAUCAAUCUAAUCAUCAUCAUCAACAGCAACAAUCAAAUCUAAUGUCUAAAUCAGAGAGUAACAAUUUACCCCAAGGCCAACGAAUCAAAUCAGAGAGUAAAAAGUUACCGAAUGAUCAAAAUUCCGCCAUUGAGUUUAAUGUCUCAUCUAAACCACGAACUAAAUCAAGGAAACAAACUAAUUGGUGGAUCGCUGAAGAUUUAACCAGCAAUUUAGGAACAGGAAACAAUAAGGUUCCAUCAAGUUCACAAUCAAAACGACCAACAAUCAACAACGGAUCAAUUAAGAUUUAAAUUCCCAAUCGAUGGGGAAAAAUCAAAUAUCUGUUUACAUUGCCAAUAGAUACUAAUCUUAUUAAUCAUAACUAACGAAGCCAUUGUCAUCAAUCAUCCUGCUCAUAAUCAACUUAAUCAUCUUGAUCAUUUUCAUUGUUAAUCGAUUAACUAAUUAACUGUUUAACCAAAUUUUAUAAUUUCUUUUUUAUCUGAAUCAAAGAUAAUUGUUUCUAAUGUCAAACUU